AUGUUAUCAUUAUACAUUUACAUUUUAUUUAUUUUAAUUUCGGGAAUUGAAUGCCAAUAUCUCCAAAUUGGUUAUUAUCCAGGUGCUGGAUGUCAAGCACAAGAAGUAUCAAAAGAAUGGUUUCUUGUUAAUUUUUGUCAACGUGGCAAUGUAUUCCGUGUUGGUGGAGCUCCUGCCAGUUCGUCGUUAUCCUCUUUAUCUGGUCUUGGUGGAUUGACCAGUUUAUUGACUACUGCACCUGUCUCUGGCUCUCCAUUGACCAGUCUUGUCACUGGCACUACAACUUCACCACUUAGUAGUCUUGUCACUGGAACUACAACUUUGCCAUCCUCUAGUGGACUAGUUACAGGUUCGACUACAUCUUCAUCUGGUGGACAAUUAACAUUACAAAGUCAACGUGUUCUCUUGGCUGGUAGUGAGGAUCCAACUUCUACCACCACAUCGACUACUACUACUGGUACUGGUUCGACUACUACCUCAUCUCCAACCACUACCACCACUACCGACGCUGUCACAUCAGUUUCAACAACUACAUCACCAUUGGUAUCAGCCAUUACAAGAUACUAUUGUCUCGAUACAACCAAUUGUGCACAAAAUUGUUAUGCAGUUGAAACCUUUCAAAUUAAUGGUGCAUGUGCAUUGUCAUCUGAAAAUGAACAUGUCAGAUACUCUGUUGUAGAUAGUAUUAGUGCCACCUAUGAUAGAACUAAUGGUAAUUGUUGGGCAAUGAACUUUACAAUUGAUUGUACAACACAACCACAAGGUAUGACAGAGUAUAGAAACAACUUGGUAUCAAGAGGAUACAAAGUUAAUUGUACCGAUGACCAAUACAACUAUUACAAUUGUGUAGAUUUUGAGUGCGAUCAAGUAGCACUAGUCAAUAGUUAUCCACUCAAGAAAUGUUUGACCAAUGCCAAAGACAAAACCUACAACUCUUACUUGUCAUUCAUUCCAGCUCCACCAACCAAUCCACCAACAACACCACCAGCUACCGAUGCUCCAACUGAAGAGCCAACCACUCCUCCUACUCCCAACCCAACCUCUGAUGCAACCACUAAUGUCAGAUCAUUCCUUUCUACUAUUGCAAACAUUAUUUAUUAUUAUUCUUUACUCUUUUUCGAUCUUAAAAAGAGUAUUCAAGAUCUUACUACCAUUGUACCAUAUACACAAUUUCUAAAAAGUGUAAGAAUAUUUUUAGCUACACCACCAAAGACAAUGAGAACAUCAGCAUUAAGGGUGAUUAGAUAUUACACAACCAACUCCAAGUUUAUUCAAGAGAUUGUAUCAUUAAAAAUUCAUUAUUUUAUAACAAGAUGUCUCGAAAGAGAUAAACAUAGCGAAACAGAGAGAAUACAAGCAUUGAAAUUGGUGAGAACCAUAAUGGAGAUUGAUUGUUCUCUGAUGCCACCUUGCAUCGUCAAAUCAUUGGUGGCUAUUGCCGAGAAUCAAGAAGACAACUUUUGUCGUGUCUGUCUUGAAACACUCUGUGAAAUAUCAAUCCGUAACCCACAAGUCUCUUCUCAUUCAAAUGGAAUUAGAACAUUAUUUGAUAGUGUACUAGAUCCCUUUUAUCAAGGUAUCCAAGAAUCACUGUUAAUUUCCAUUCUUUAUAUUUUAAAUGAAGAAAAAACAAGAGUUUAUGUUAGAAAUAGUGAUUUAGAAAUUAUUUUAUCACCAUUAACCAAUUCUUUAACAUUGGGUGUAAAAAUUAAAGGAAUGAGUAAAGAAAAAGAAAAAGAAAAAGAAAAGGAUGAUGAAAUUAACAUGAAAAAAUGGGUAGGAUCAAACAAAGCUGUUGUAACAUUAUUAAAAAGUUGGAUUGGUAUAAUAUCAUUGGCAUCAGAUGAACAUGGAUUAAAAUCAAUUGUUGAUGCUUUAAAAAUGCCCCAACUUGAAUUACAUGAUAAAUUAUUAGAAUCGUUAUUUGAAAUAUUUAGAUUGGUUUUACCAAAAAAUACAGGUGAUCCAUUUAGACCACAAAAACAAUCACAAGCGAUCAAUAUGGGACCUGAUGCAUUGUCAGACUUGCCAUCGAGAACUCGGUCACUUCGACACAACCUGUUGAAUAAUUAUAUAGCUGUAUUAUUAAUUGCAUUUAUCGAGUGUGGAUUGAUUGAAGGUUUGGUUCAUUUGGGCAACACUACACAAGGUGCAAUCAUGGGAUUGUCACAUGACAAUGACAAGGAAAAGGAGAUGCACCGAUUGGUGGGAACUAAAGCAACCGUCUUGCUUGGGACAAGACCGUCGUUUGGACAAGAUCGACGAUGUCAAGAUGAAGAUGGACUAUCUGAUGGACGAUCAACAGUUUCAACAGCGUCUCAAAGACACUCAGGUACUCGUUACCAAAGACGCUGGCAAGUGGAACUGGGAGAUUAUCUUUGA